CCGACAGUAGCAGCCACGGCGGUAGCCACGAUCCUCUCGUCGCACCGACGACGUAACUUUCUAAACGGAAGAAGAGGAGUCGUAUACGACGAGGGAUAAAUACGAAAACGAGAGAAAGAGAAAGAGAGAGAGAGAGAGGGAGAGAGAAAGAUAGAGAAAGAGAAAGAGAGAGAGAGAGAGAGAGAGAGAGAGAGAGAGAGAGAGAUAAAAAGAAAAAAUAGAAGGAAAUAAUCCAUUGGCUAUUACGAUAUGCAAGCCUCGUAUCGAGGCUAGUGCAGUUUAGUCUGUGUUUUCUUAGUCCUCUCGAUCUACACCGAACGUGUGCGAGAGGAAGAGAAAGAGGGAGGGAGAGAGAGAAAGAAAAAGAGAGAAAGAGAGAACAGCGACGACCUCGAUCCAGUACACCCCCACAGCCACCUCUUUCACAUCCCCCCCGCGGUUCCACUCGACUUCUAUUUCUCUCUCUCCUGCUUGCUCGCGCGCGUGCUCCCACCAGGCACUCUCCUCCUCGUCGCUCCAGCGUGCGCGGCGCUCGACCCUCGGAAAUUCUGAAAGCGGUUCGCGCCUGUGCAACGCGGGGGUGGCGGGGACCGAAAAUCGAGGCGAAAGGAAACUCGGUGGAUCCGGUCUAAGGGUUUCUCCUCUCUCCUAGGGCUCCUACGUACCGUCAUCGUAGUCAUCGUCACCGUCACCAUCGCCGUCAUUGUCGCUGUCAUCGUCACUGGCGUCAUCGUUGUUGUUCUCGUCGUUGUCGUCCUCGUUCUCGAAAUUUGCGACCGCGUGCGUGCGUGCGUGGCUGCGUGCGCGCGUCCUCCCUUUUUCUUUCGUCGUCCUACUUCCUCUCCUCGCUACGGUAAAAGUGGAUAUCUCGCUUCACAGUAGGAUUACCGAUGCGUUUGGAUCUAAGGAGGAGGAUCUAAGCUGGUGAUCGUCCCCUAUUGUUUUUUUUUAUUUUUCCUUUCUCUCGAAGAGGAGAGAGAAGCAAAGAAAAGAGGAAAAGAGUACAGGGGCGACGCCGACGAUACGAGUUACCGUCGCUGUUACAUUAUCAUCCCGAAGAGGUGACACGGUUUACUUCGAGAGUGUUCCCCAACGAAAAGUCUCUUCCCUAUCUUGUAUUACAACACGAAAGGGAGAUAGAAAGAGAGCGAAUAGAAAGAGAGGAAGAAAAUUAAACGGGGGAAAAAGAGAAAUAGAAUACGAGAAAGGAAGGGAGAAACGACGUAAGGAGGAAAAACGAAUUUUACGAUAGAAGUCGAGUGGUGUAGUACGUUUUCGGGGUACGUGCGCUAGCCGUGGCCGCGAGUGCAGCGGUGUGACGUGACAGUGUACCUGAAGCAGUGAUCGAGGAAGGUCGUGCGUCCUCAUCUCUUUAAGAAUUUCCUUGAGAGGAUAACUACGUCUAGGAUACGCGAGGAGACCAUCACGAACCAAUCGUCGUCGUGCCAGAACCGAAAAUCGGGUUCGUUAGUUCGUUCGUGUGUAUUGUACGAAAACAAAAGAGAACAGGAUCGUCGACGAUCCUGGACAACGGCGAUGAUCGUCAUGCGUUCUCGAUCGCAGCCCUCGGUCGAGGGUUGAAGUACCGAACUCGAGCGAAAACAAGAUCUCGGGAUUGCGAUUUUCUCUUUGCUAUCGCGCGCGCGCGCGCCCACAACGGUGUGUCGGUCGUCGUGGGAAUUAAAAAGCGAGUUCGACGAUAAAUUUAUCUUUUCACGACGACGAGCUGGUCCCCCUCAGGAGGACCGACCGUGUACCACGUCAUCGAGCUCAAAGAGGACUCGGAACCUCGCAAGAAUGCGGGACCGGCUAUCGUGGUACAUGGUCUUCUUGAUCCUGCCGACAAUCCUCCUGGCCAGGUCGCUCGACAAAGGUCUAUUUCUUUCAGAUCGGCGUAUACCUUACAACAUACCAUCAGACUGGAGAGCAUUGUGGCUGAGCAAUUUAGAUGAACUACAAAGAAUCAACGAUGCAAACGACAACAACACCGUUUCGAACGUCACAGUACAAUUGGGUGGCACGGCUUUCUUGCACUGCAAAGUUCGCAAUUUGGCAGACAGAACCGUCUCGGAUGCCGAGAUCUCGUGGAUCCGUCGUCGUGACUUCCAUGUCCUAACGAGUUCAACGUUCACGUACACGAACGACGAGCGGUUUCAAGUAUUACACGCUGAAGGUUCGGACGAUUGGACUCUUCAAAUCAAAUACGUCCAAGAAAGAGACAAUGGGACCUACGAGUGUCAGGUCUCGAGGAGUACAGGAAUACUGUCACAUUUCGUCAAUCUAAACAUAGUGAUACCAGAGGCAUUUAUAUUAGGAAGCGACGAGCAUCACGUCGACGUAGGGUCUAUCAUAAAUCUCGUAUGCAUAAUAGAAAAGAGCCCUACGCCGCCGCAAUACGUAUUCUGGUAUCACAAUAACCGGAUGAUAAACUACGACACCUCGCGGGGCAGCGUCACCGUACAAACCGAUCCAGGACCAACCCAGAGUCGACUGACGAUACGCCAGGCCGUAGAAUCGGACACCGGCAAUUACACGUGUAACGCGUCCAAUACCAAGCCUGCAUCCAUCUUUGUCUUCGUUACAGAGGGUGACAAAAUGGCGGCGAUCCAGCGUCGCAAAACGUCGGCCGCAAGGAAGAUCUUGAACGAAAUGCUGCUGACGGCCAUGCUCGCGGCCAGUCUCGUUCUGGCACGAUAAACGAUUUCUUUUCGAAAUGUCCAUAAUUAUUUAAAUCCAUACGACUACUUCCAUUCGCGAUAGGUAGGUUACACCAGUCCGCGUUUUUAACGAGUAUUCAUGUCCUUUCUUCUUCCAUUCAUACCUUUUACCAUAACAAGUUUUCUUCUUUCUUCUCCAAUUUAUUCCAUUCCUUGAUUUUUUUCUUUUCUUUCUUUUCUCUUUCUCAUUUUCUCUCUCUCUCUCUCUCUCUCUCUCUCUCUCUCUCUCUCUCUCUCUCUCUCUCUCUCUCUCUCUCUCUCUCUCUCUCUCUCUCUCUAUCUCUAUCUCUCCCCUCUCUAUCUGUCUUUCUGUCUUCCUCUCUUUCUCCCUCUCUCCUUCUACAAUCUUUAUUUUUUCUUUCACAUUUUAUUCCACCUCGUCGAGAUCGCCGUCGGUCGGGUCUAAUCGGAUAUGCGAGAUUUUCGUGGAAGAUUAUUCGAUUGCCUGCCAGGAGUCAUUACGUGCGAGACCGGCACGCGACUCGAAUUAUGUAAAUAAAAUACGCGUUGGUAAUCGUAAUCGUUGCACCACGACAGCCCAAUUGCGAGCUUUGGAGACACGUCGAGAGGAAACGUCGUCCGAACAAAAUUCAAAAGCGACGUGGAAUCGUAUCGUUUUGUGCGAAACAUUUCGUUAACCCUCUAACUAUCAAAGGAUCUUUAUCACGAAAGAACUCGCAAGAGAAAUACGCCAACUCAAUAAUUUCGAUGUUAACGAAACCUAUAUGAAAGAGAACGGAAAGGGGACAGCGCAAUAAUUUUAUUGUUUCUUAAUAUAUAUUUAUCGUUACUGACUAUCAGAUCGAUAUAUUAAAAUCGUGAGAAAAUAUUAUUUUUAACAAUCCUGAAAAUGUUUUGCAAUCAAAAUCGAAAAUACCUCUUCUCGAGGGUACAAUCGUUAAAUUAUCAUCUUGUCGUAAAAAAGUUUCAAACGAGUCGUCCGCUGACGAUAAGUCAACUUCCGAAAUGAUAUUACCCGCUGUCGAGUAUUAGCAUAAGUUAUCGGUUCUCUUUGUCAUCGCUAGAUGGCAAUGUUCUUCAUAUCCUGUCCAUAUAUAAGAAUAGUGAUGACGGGAAAAUUCGAACGGUCUAGCCAGACAAAGGAAAUAAUUUAUUAAAAAUUACGAAAAAAAAGAAAUGACAAAAGGAAAAAGGAAGAGAAAGAAAGAAGAGAGUACUAUUAAAAAUAUUCGCGGCAAUCAAAAGAGUAUCGUUGUAAAUUCUUAGAGCUGAAUAGCCUCUUUACGAAGUUACGCGUUUCAUAAAGAUCGAAAUAUUCGAGUUGGCGAAAUAAAUGUUAAAGCUACGCGUUGAUGUUUAAUGUAUCUCAGAGACUAUCUCUCAUACAUAAAUCUUAAAAGGAUGUAAAUGAUCGUUAUUAUUUCUCGUCGAUAUCUAGGAUAACGUGUAAAAGUUUUCUAGUUUAUAAAAUAUUUUACGCGUUCAAAGUCUGUUUCGGGUCCAUACGAUUAAUAAUAUAUUUAAACGAUCGUUGUUAUAUCUUAUCGAAAUCGAGAACCGUCGUAAGAACGUGCUCGAAUUAUGUAAAAUAAUGUGCUUGUGAAACGGUGUUCGCGGCGACACGCAAAUUCUAGUGGUAGUUACAGGGUUAAAUAAAAAGAUAAAAUAAAAGAAGAAAGAAAGAAAGAAAGAAAGAAAGAAGGAAGGAAGGAAGGAAAGAAUAAUAAACGAGAUUAUUAAGGUUUCCUCGGAUAUAUCUUUAAUCGGAAAAUGUAAAAAAAUUGAAGUUAAACUCGUAGAAAGAAUAACGUAUGAAAGUAUUUUCUUGUACGUAGAGAGGCUUUCUCUGUCUCUCUCUCUCUCUCUCUCUUCUCUCUCUCUCUCUCUCUCUCUCUCUCUCUCCCUCACUCUCUCUUUCUCUCUCUCUCACUCUACCCGCUUUCCUCGCUUUUUAAAAAGCGUCUAAAAGCAUAUCGGUCUUCAUUCGUUACGCACGGAAAAGUUUUGAUGGCAACGAUCGAUCUACGAGAGAAAUGAGAAUUCUUAAUAUUCGAGGAGUAACGAGGAAUAACGAAGGUACCUACGUAAUAUUUACUACUAUCGUCGAUACGUCAUUUUCUUUUUUCCCAUAAACAAAAAACUUAAACCCCUUUAUAUCGUCCCUCGUUUUCUCUCUUUCAUUUCUAAAAAGGAAACACACGAUGACUUAACGAAACGAGAUUCGAGCAAUGAUUCUAUCAUAAAAUGGUUAUUUUUCUUCGGUCUCAUCGUACCAAAUUCAUUAACAAAUAUAUCUAUAUACGAUGGAGAUCGAAACGAACCAUUUCUUUUUUUAUUCACUAAUCAAAAGCAAAUAACCCAACCGAAGGAUAUUAAUUAAAAAGUUUUUGAUUACUGUUUAAAGAAUUUCUUCAGAUACCGAAUAAAAAGCAAACGCGAAGACGUGAAUUCGUCGACCGUUCAAGCGUACUACACGCAUACAGAUAUGUAAUUAUGUAAACCUAUGUAAUAAUAAUAAUAAUAAUAAUAAUAAUAAUAAUAAUAAUAAUAAUAAUAAUAAUUAUAAUUAUAAUUAUAAUUAUAAUUAUAAUAAUUAUAGUAAUAAUAAUAAUAAUAAUAUUAAUAUUAAUAUUAAUAAUAUUAAUAAUAACAUUAAUUAUAAUAAUAACAAUAGUUAAUAGUAAUAACAAUAAGAAGAAGAAGAAGAGGAAGAAGACGAAAAAAAAGAAGAAUAACAUUAUGACAAGGUAACCAAGAUUAAGAACCUAUUACGUUAUCAUAGAAGGACUUGUAAAUAUAAGAGGCUCGGAAUUCUAUUCGGCUAGAUAUUUCAAAAUCGAAUACCGUCUAGCGAAGUUACUGGAAUAGCGUGGAGCGAUAGGCCAUAAUGAGAACUAUACAAGGUUCCACGAAUAUUUUGCGAGAUUUGGAAUGUUUCGAUCGAUAGAAAUCGUGCUGAGGAAUUUACAGUCAUAAUAACAGAUGAAAACAGAGAGAGAGAGAGAAAGAGAGAGAGAGAAAUGUAUACGUAUUGUAUAAUUCAAUUGAUCGUUCGCAUCACCUCACAAUCGACAUAAAAGAUUCCGGGUUAUACUCGAGACCUUCGAUACAUACCUCUUCGAACUCUCGAUUCGAUUAUCGAUCUUGUUAUUUCUCACGCAUUUUUCUAUUUAACUUUUUCUUUUUGUAAACGACCACCGUUUAUACACGAAAUGAGAACAAAAAAAAAACUGUCGCUUUGGCAGUGCCAUUAACGUGAAACGAAUGAAAUCGUAGCAAUUACGUUUCGACGUUUCAUCGUAUCGAUUCGAUUCGCGUUAUUGCAUUACAUAGAACGAUUGCUUUCGAACGUAAAACGAGCGAGCGAUUCACGGCUAUCGCUACUUUUACCCUUCAAUUAUCGCCGAACGAAGCGAGGUGCCACAUCGAAAACGAUCCUUCGUUCCAUCGCGUACAUUCGCGAAUCAAAGGAAGUAUUAAAAAAAAGGAAAAAAAAAUAGAAGAGAAAAUGCGACAGAAAAAGAGAAAGAGAGAGGGGGGGAAGAGAGAGAAAAAAGAACAGAGAGAUGAGCCUUAUUCAAAUCGACAAAUCGACGAUAAUUUGAUCGUUUGUGUUUCCUAAAAUUCAAGAUAAUCCAUCGAGUUCGAUUCGAUUUUCCAAUAUAACAUAUACGUUUUUUUAAUCAUUUAAUUACUUACAUUCGAUUAAUAAACUCGUCAGUGUAUGAAAAAUCGAUAAAACCCAAAAGAAGAAACUAAAGGAAGGACAAAAAUACGCAUAUACAUUUUUCUUCUUUCUUUUUUCGUUUGAUUGUCUUUGAUCGUUCUCAAAAUUAGUCUCGAACAUUUAGAAGACAAAAAAGAAGGAGGAAAAAAGAAGAAAAGGAAACGAAAUAAGAACAGAAAAUUUUUCGAUCGCACAAAUGAUUCGUAUUUUUCUGUUAAAAAUCCUAAGUAAUGAUUUGAAAAUAAAUCGUCGCGAAUAGGCAAGUGAGACGAUGGAAACAUAAUUAUUCGUCGUCGAUUCAGCAGCGUUAGCGCUGAAAAAGCGUGGCCAGUAACGUCGAGAAGAGUUACUGCGAAAAUCUCUUUGAGACGCGAUGAUUGGACGCGACACGAGCAGCUUACAAUGGACGUUUAAUGAGUUCUUUUUAUGGUACGAUCGAACGCGCACACUCUCGCUACGUCCACGCAGUGGAAAGGACAGAUAAAAGAGAGAGAGAUAGAUAGAUAGAUAGAUAGAUAGAUAGAUAGAUAGAUAGAUAGAUAGAUAGAUAGAUAGAUAGAUAGACAGACAGAGACAGAGAAAGACAAAGAGACAAAGAGAAAGGAGUGGAAAGAAGGGAAAAAAAAGGAAAAGAAAAGAAGAGGUUAGGAAGGAUCGUUUGAUCGACGGACCGUAAAGAUGGCUUUCGCGGAUUCCGUGGAAUCAGGUGCAGUCAUCCGUGUAUUAUGUAUCCGUCGUUAUCUCUUCGGCAAGAAGAAAAAAAAAGAAGGAGAAAAAAGAAAAAGAGAAAAAAUGGAAAGAAAUAGAGAGAAAGACAGAAAGAGAGAGAAAGGGAAAGAGAGAAAAGAAAGAAAAAAGGGCGCUCAAACUCGUCUCGAAAAAGUCUUUCUCGCGUUCUUCUCUCUUAAUUCUUUUCCCUUCUUUUACUUCUACGUCACUAUCGAAAGAUUCUUUUGCCUUUGUAAGAUACAACAUCGAUAAAUAUCUUUUUAAAAUCGUACCGAUCGUUCGUGCGUUAAUAUCUUUCUUUUACUCUUUUCUCUUUUUCAUUUUAUCCAUCUAUCUAUCUUUUUUCUAACUAUCUCUGUUUUUUUCUUUAAAUUUCGAACAAUCGUCGUUAAAAGUUCUUCCGACGAGAUUUCCAUGGAUGCAAUGUAAUUAUGAAGAUACUAGUCAUAUACAUACAUAUAUAUAUAUAUAUAUAUAUAUAUAUAUAUAUAUAUAUCAAA